AUGUCUAAAUUGAGAAUUUUAGUUCCUGUCAAGAGGGUUAUUGACUUUGCAAUUAAGCCAAGAAUCAAUAAGGCAGGUACCGGAGUGGAAAAAAAGGGUGUGAAGUUCAGUAUAAAUCCAUUUUGCGAUAUUGCUUUAGAAGAGUCUCUCAGGAUUAGGGAAGCAAAUAAGGGCCUUGUAGAACAAAUCCAUGCUGUUUCUAUUGGGCCAACUAAGGCACAGGAUGUAUUGAGAACUGCAUUGGCUAAGGGUGCUGACUCGACCACAUUAAUUGACGUUGGCGAAGAAGAAAUUGAACCACUCAGUGUAGCCAAGAUGUUACAGAAAAUCGUUGAAAAGGAAAAAUCCAAUUUGAUCAUCUUAGGUAAACAGGCCAUUGACGAUGAUGCCAACCAAACAGGACAAAUGCUUGCAGGCUUAUUAAACUGGCCACAAGCCACUAAUGCCUCCAAGGUAGAAAUUGAAGGAGAUCAGGUCACUGUCACCAGAGAAGUUGAUGGUGGUGCAGACACCUUGAGUGCGAAAUUGCCAAUGAUUAUCACCACUGAUUUAAGAUUGAACGAACCACGUUAUGCAUCAUUACCAAAUGUGAUGAAAGCUAAGAAGAAGCCAUUGGAAAAAUUAAAGGCUAGUGAUUUGCAAAUUGAAUUGACAAACAGAUUAGAAAUCUUGAAAGUUGAAGAACCACCUCAAAGAGAUGCUGGUGUUAAAGUUGAAUCUGUAGACGAAUUAAUUGCAAAAUUAAAAGAGUUGAAGGCUAUUUAG